GAGUCACCCGACCUCGGGGUUUUAGGGGCGAAGGGAUCAAUCAUCCCCAACCUUCCUCAGGCUGGGCGGCAUGGACUCAAUUGAUCUCGAAAGCAAUGCCAAGUCAAGGUCUCCGGUGGAGAGGACACCACGGCCUCGCCGCGUCGGCCUUUCGUGCCCCAAGUAGCCAGGCUGUGAGCGUCUGGGGAGAGGCAGCCCAGCGGGAUGGAAAGCAGUAGGGACGCCAGUAAAGGCCAGUGUUUAUUAGCGCUGUCGGGCACCUUACAGGUUAAAUCUUCAAACCACUCCUGUGACCAAAGCCACACAAUGUCAGUAGCUCGUUCAUCUGUCCAUGCCAAAUGGGUCGUGGGGAAGGUGAUUGGGACAGCAAUGCAAAAAACUGCUAAAGUGAGAGUGACCAGACUUGUUCUGGAUCCCUAUUUAUUAAAGUAUUUUAAUAAGCGAAAAACCUACUUUGCCCACGAUGCUCUCCAGCAGUGCACCGUUGGAGAUAUUGUGCUUCUCAAAGCUCUACCUGUCCCGAAAACAAAGCAUGUGAAGCAUGAACUGGCUGAGAUAAUUUUCAAAGUUGGACAAGUCAUAGAUCCAGUGACCGGAAAGCGCUGUGCGGGAACCACCUACCUGGAGAGUCCAGUCAGUCUGGAAACCACCCACCUAAGCAAAAACCUGGAAGAACUCGAUCUCUCUUCAACACAGUGAAGGAGGAUUGGAAAACGGAGCCAAAAGGGAAGGAUUUCUAAGUUUGCUUUAUGGAAAAAUUUUUAUAAGUUUCCUCACAAACCGUCCAGUUUCUCUUCUGGUAUUUAUGAACUAGCUAAAAGUAAAUGAAGUAAAGUCCUUGUUAUAAUUUUUCAUAAA